GUUGAAUUAACAAUUGGUGGUUCUUAUAGACGUGGGGCACAAGAUUGUGGUGAUAUUGAUUUUAUUGUCACUAGACCUGAUGCUGAUAUGAAUGAAAUGAAAACAAUACUUUCUAAGCUAAGAGAGUUGUUAAUGAAAAGUGAUUAUUUAAAGUGUGAGCUAAAUAAACCAAGUUCAAAAUUAAUGGCAGGUUGUGCACUAGGGCCGGUAGGUAAUAAAAAACUUACAGGUAAAUUUACUACAGGGAAAUGUCGUCGAAUUGAUUUCUUAUUAGUUCCUUGGUCUGAAAUUGGUGCAGCAUUGAUUUAUUUCACAGGUAAUGAUAAUUUUAAUAGAGCUUUAAGAUUUCGAGCUUCUAAAAUGAAUUUGAUUUUGAAUGAAAGUGGAUUAUUUAAAAGAAUUACAUAUAAACAGGGACAAAAAGUUAAAGAUCGUGAAAUGCUUAUUGAAAGUUUUAGUGAACGGAAAAUUUUCAAAUUAUUGGGAGUUGAAUAUGAAGCACCUGAACAAAGAAAUAUGGGAUCUAAUGAGAAAUUAGUUGAUGUUAAACCUGAUGAAAUUGAUGAGAAUGAAGUUAUAAAGAAGAAUGAUGAAGAAACUGAUAGUACAUAGGCAUAUAAAUUAAUUGUAAAUAAAAAAGUAAUUUAUUUCAUUUCAAAUUAAACUUAAACACAUUAAAAGACCCAUUAU